AGUUAGGCUACUAGAUAACUAGGAAGAUGGGAAAAACGAUUUGCCUUGAUGAAGAUGAGCCAGAUCUGUGGCGGACGAAGAAUAUGAUAGAGAAAAUCUUAUCAUUAAACCUACAAAGAGACAUUGAAAUGGCUUGUAAGCAUUAUGAACUCUGCUUAUGUUCUUUGGUCGUAUGCCUGAAGAGAAAACAUCAUCACAUAGGAUCGUCCCAGCAAGCGGUUUCCCUCACCUCAAAGUGGAUUAAUGGAUUAUCUCGCUUUUCGUGUCACAAGUUGAGUAAAGGGUGCUAACAGUGACAUGGUGUUGUGAAGAGUUACUGACAAACGCAGCAACUUUCUCUGGAAAACUCCACAAGACUCGCGGGAAACAGGAUACUAACAACGGAAGUUUCUUUGACACAUCUGCAUUUUUGACAUUUCCGUUGUCACUUCGCUCAAAUAACGCUUUAAAUAUCCGCGAGGAUGAUGACAUUUAUAUUCAGACAAAAACAACCGCGUUCAAACAAAUUAGGAAGUUUUGCGUGGGUUCAUCAAGUUUCACGGAUGUCCAUAUAUGGGAAUUUAAAGCAUGUUUUCUCAUAGACAUGUGAAUGGUUCCUAUUCGCUACACAUACUUCUAUAUGGACACUUUUUGUGCAUGAAAAUGAAAAAUAUCUGCAGCCCGACAUGUGAGUACAAGUUGGACUAAUAAAAACAUUUUUGGGCGCUUCAGAGGAGGAGCUUUCGAAGAGAAAAGCACCACAUCUGUUUCUUGUAUCAUGGUCAUGGAGAACAUGCAGAGGUCUGCGUUUCUGCUUUGUGUCUUGGCAGUAGGAAUUUCAUCUGCCUCAGACAGAUAUGUGUCUCUGAAUGAGCACCAAAGAGACAAUGCCACAUUGUCAGAACACCUUCACCCCAAGCUAUACUUUGAUCACACAGAGGUGCGUUUAAUGAAAAAGAGGGCCAGCACUACACAUAGACGCAUAUUUCAAGUGAUUCGAAAUGCUGUUUCUAUUAUGUUAUCUAAUGCAGCUGUUUACCAGCCUCCAGUGAACCAUGAGGAUUUCGGCAAGAAAUGGAAUGAGAUUUAUGGCAACAAUUUGCCUCCUCUUGCACUAUAUUGCCUGCUUCAACCUGAGGAUGCUGCCGCCUCUCAGUUUUUGAUUGAGUACAUGGACAGAAUGGUGGAAUAUCCAGAUUGGAUGGUGUCCAGUGCUCCAAAUGAUGAGGUUCCGAUCGCCCACUCUCUCACUGGUUUUGCCACAGCAUAUGAUUUCAUUUACCCCUUUCUUGACACCCGGAGAAGAUUGCGAUAUCUCAAAAAAAUACGUUCUGUUACCGAGGAGCUUUUCGAGCUCUCCAAGCACAGAGGAUGGGGAAAGCAGUUCCUGCAGAACCACCAGACAACUAACAUACUAGCUAUCCUAAUUGGUGCUCUUGUGGCAGGGGAACAUAAUGAUCCAGAGACAAUGAUAUGGAAACAAAUAUCAGUGAACUACAUGGAAAAGACCAUGUUUCUCCUCAGUCACAUCGUCGAUGGCUCUCUUGAUGAGGGUGUUGCAUAUGGUAGCUACACGGCGAAAUCCAUCACGCAGUAUGUUUACUUAGCAUUACGUCAUUUUCAGAUAGACAACGUGCAGAACAACUGGCUUAGAGCUCAUUUUAUGUUUUACUUCGCCACUCUGCUUCCUGGAUUUCAAAGAACUGUUGGCAUUGCGGACUCCAAUUACAACUGGUUCUAUGGGCCAGAGAGCCAGCUUGUGUUUCUGGAUGCAUACGUGCUCCGGAAUGGCUCAGGAAACUGGCUGGCAGAGCAAAUUAGGAAGCAUCGUCCUAAAGAUGGCCCCAUGAUGCAAUCAGCAGCUCAACGCUGGGCUACUUUACAUACAGAGUACAUAUGGUAUGAUUCUGAGUUAACUCCGCAGCCUCCGUCUGACUUUAACAAAGCAGCCAUGCAUAUUUUCUCCAACUGGGGUGUGGUGACAUAUGGAGCAGGGUUAACUCAAGCUCAGGGCAAUACCUUUGUCUCAUUUAAAUCUGCAAAAUUAGGAGGGCGAGCAGUCUACGAUAUAGUCCACGCUCAACCUUACUCUUGGGUAGAUGGCUGGAUGAACUUCAACCCAGGGCACGAGCACCCUGAUCAAAACUCCUUCACUUUUGCACCAAAUGGACAGGUGUUUGUCUCUGAGGCCUUGUAUGGACCUAAGUACAGCUAUCUUAAUAAUGUGCUGGUAUUUGCCCCCUCACCCACCAGUCAGUGUAAUGAGCCAUGGGAAGGGCAGUUGGGGGAAUGUUCAAAGUGGCUACGAUGGGGAGAAAAGGAAGUCGGCGAUACAGCCGGGGAGGUCAUCUAUGCUGUGUCACAUCAGGACAUGUUAUUUGUGAGUGGAGAGUCUGUGUCAGCCUAUUCAUCUGCCAUGAAGCUAAAGAGUGUGUAUAGGUCACUUGUACUUCUAAACUCUCAAACAUUGCUUGUACUGGAUCACAUCGAAAAACACGAGCACUCUCCUCUCAGUUCUUUCAGUGCCUUUUUUCACAACCUAGACAUUGAUUUCAGGUACGUUCCUCACAGAUCAUUUGGGAAAUACAAUGGGGCUUUGAUGGAUGUGUGGGACGCACAUUACAAAAUGUUUUGGUUGGACGUGCAAGGAUCCAGUCCUGUUGCCAGGAUACAAGAAGCUGAACAAGCUGCCGAAUUCAAAAAGAGAUGGACACAGUUCGUAAAUGUGACCUUUCACAUGGAGAAUCCCAUCACAAGGGUGGCUUACUUGAUGCAUGGCCCUCAUGUCAAGGUCUCAGACUGCAGAUUCAUUGACAACAGUAAAAACGGAGUAAAGAUAUCAGUGACUCUUAACGACACCGAGACUGUUGUGUCAGUUGUGACAAACUAUGCUGACAUUGAGGCCAGACAUGGCUACUUGGGAUUUGCAGGAUUUGCUAAAACAGAGGACAACCAAAGAAUAGUUCAGUUUGGCAGGGGAAUUCAAACCUUGGCAGGUCAAGUCACAAAAGAUUUUGUGUUUGACUUCGGAUUUCUGGUUAAUAUCUCUGCAAUGCUGACUUUAUGUUUUGCUCUAGCUUUUGUAAUCAAAAAAAGGAAGUUUCAUGUGUCAUUCAAUAUGCUGAUUCACUGCACUCUUGUCUGUGUGCUAUUUUUGUGGGUGACUGAACUCUUGUCUGUUUUUUAUGGUUGCGAAGAGCUCUUAUGUAAGUCAAAAGACAGCAGCAUAUAUGAUGCACCAGACUCUAGCAUCCCUGAUGUCCUCCCCGUAAUCACAAUCACAUCCAUGCCUGGCUCGGGUGCAGAGAUCCUUCAGCACCUUUUUGAUAACAGCUCAGACUUUGUAUACCUCAGAAUCCCUUCUGCCUACCUGCGGUUGCCCGUUUCUCCUUUCAGCUCCCUGCUGGAUGCUUGUGAGUGGUCCAGAGAAGAUGCGCAAAAUGGACGAUUUCGAGUCAUUCAGGGAUGGUUUCACUCCAUAAUUCACAAUGUGAAACUUCACCUACAGAAUAUUCAGUUGCACCAGAUCAAUGAUAAAGCAGAGGAUGAUGUCAAAGUAAAAACACAAAGAAAGAGAAGAAUGUUGCUUUCAGAACAAUCAAGGACUUUAGGAGGAAAGGGUAUUUCUGUGGACAUGGUAUACAUACAAGAGCUCAGGCAGCACCUGGUUAAGUACCCAAACGCCAGACCGGUGAUGAGUUUGGGCACUGGUGGCUGGUUCCUAAAGCUGCCUUAUCUCCAAGAGGUCAUAGGUCAUUCACUUCGCUCACUUCAUGUGGUCAGAGACCCACGUGCAUGGAUUUAUCUAAUGCUCUACAAAAGCAAACCAAGCUUGUACAUGCGUAAGAAUAUAAAAAGGCACAUCACCACCCUAUUUAAGAGGAACGCUGAUAGUAUGGAUCAGGGCUGUGCUACACUAGACUCACAGUUCCAUCCUUUAAAAAUGAUUCUCUCCCAGCCAGAUCCCAACCCUGUGCAGCUGCUGUCUCAGCUAUGGCUGGCUCACAAUUCAGCCGGGCUCAAGGUGAGCUCAGGCCUCCCCACACAGACUUACCUUAUAGUCAAAUUCGAGGACAUUGUAAGUUUUCCCGAGGAGACGGCAAAAACAAUACAUAACUUUCUUGGAAUACCAGUUGCACCAGCUGCAUUAAACCAGCUGACAUAUGCUACUUCCACAAAUUUGUAUAAUCUGAUAUAUGAAGGAGAUAUAUCGCCAGCCAAAGUCAACAUGUGGAAGGAGAAUAUGGCCGCUGAUGAGAUUAAACUCAUUGAGGAUACAUGCUGGCCUGUGAUGGAGAGGCUGGGUUAUAAAAGACACACAGUCAGUCAUUCUUUUUUAUAAAUAUUUUAAAGAUAAUACUGAUUUAUAUUGAUGUGUCAGAAUGAUUUCCUCAAAUGUUGUCUUUUUGCAGACAGAUUAUUGCUUUCAAAACCAAAUGUUUUAUGCUCUGAUUCCACUAUUUUUAGGCAAUGUUUACAGUGCUCAGCAUGUAUAAGUACACCCCUCACAAAUUUCUCUUUUAAAUUCAUAUUUUUAUUAGGAAGGCAGUGUUUCUUCUAGGAUUUUUUUCUAGCUGUGGUGGCAGGUCUUUUACACAAAUCUACCAACUACCUAUGUCGUUAUUUCAAUGACAAAUGUCGUGAGCGCAGUAUUACAUGUCGCGAUCGCAUUUAUGUAAUACGAGCAUGCAAAUCUCUUUGCUUGUGCGCCGAUUUCCUCUGUUCGUCCACAAAACUUCUUGCACGCCCUCAAAUAUACGCUGCUCAAGCGCAGAUUUUCUUGUGUGCUCUCAAAUAGACGCUGCUGAAGUGCGAUUUAGUUCGUUUAUGUAUAAAGUAUGUCUCCAACAUUUAUUCGAUUUGCUAGGAAUAUUUAUGAAUGUCUCCAACAGACCUAUAGAGCGGUAUUAAUGCUUCCUGUAAUAAAGUGAAACGACUAUAAACUCCAGCAAGAUAAAGUCAUUAUAUGCAGAGCCAUCGACUUUAUCUAUAAAGUAUAAUUAUGGAAACUGUUUUCAUCUUAACUGAGAGCGAUGUCGUGUUUGCUGGCCUCAUGCAUCACGCAUCUGUCAGUCAGUCAGUCAGUCAGUCAGUCAAGUCAGACAGCAUGUCACCAUAAAGGGUUAAACAAAUAACACACAGCACUACUACGGUUACAGAAAAGUUCACACUGUUAUAAUUCACUUACCUUUUAAUAUGUUUUGGUGCGAUUAUAACCGGCUAUUAAAAAAAAACAACAACUGAAUGUUUUGAAUGAGAAGCUGUAAUGUAAGGCAAGGCAAGGCAAGGCAAGUUUAUUUAUAUAGCACAUUUCAUACACAGUGGCAAUUCAAAGUGCUUUACACAAACAGGAAUAAAGGAAACAAGUAUAAGAAAAAUAAAAACAAAUAAUAAAAAUGGUUAAAAAAAAAUAAAUAAGUAUAAAAACAGAUAAAACGUGUUAUAAAAGAGUGAAAAAGAAGAGAAAAAUAGAAUAGUGCGAUCUGUCGGAUGUAGCACAGUGCUCAUUCAGUAAAGGCACAGCUAAACAGAUGUGUUUUCAGUCUUGAUUUGAAUGUGCCUAAUGUUGGAGCACAUCUGAUCAUUUCUGGAAGCUGAUUCCAGCAGUGAGGGGCGUAGUAGCUGAAAGCCGAUUCACCCUGCUUUGACUGAACUCUUGGAAUUUCUAGUUUAUUUGAUCCAAAAUGUAGCCAUGGCGGGAUGAAUUUUAGUGUCGCGCCCCGCCAUGGAAGAAUGAAUGUAGCGAAAACCAUGGAAGCUAUACAAAAUGAUAUUUGUGCAUAUACAUUAGAUUAGUCAGUACUGAAGCCAGAUCUGGAGCUUAUCUAACAAAAUAACUUAGGAUAACUGUCCAAAAAUUAGAACACCCAAAUGUAUAUGUUAUAGAAAAAUAUUAAAUACAAAUUUUAAAAAGAGGGAAAAUCAAGAGAAGCAAUAAAAAAGGAAAUUUUUGUUGAAAUUUUUUUGCAAUAUUUUUCUUGAAUUUAAUUGUAUUAUCUUUCAAUUUCCAAAUAUGUUUGGUUACUAAAAUAUUAUUUCAAUAAAUAUAUCUGUUUAAUAAAUCUGUUUUGUUUAAAUGCACCAAAAUACAUUGCCUAUAUUCACUGUGAAAUGGAUAAAAAUAUUCAAAAUGGGGUGUACUUAGCUAUGCUGUAUAUAUUCUGCAAUCUAACAGACAAAAUUGAGACUUGAUCGUUUAGAAGUGUGAAAAGGACAGACAAAAAGAUAUUGCUCACCAUUGAAGAUGAGAAACAGAUGCAAGUCUUGGAUCAGAGGCAUAUUCAAUUUGACUGGAAAACAAAGAUGAUAGUUUUCCACCAUAUGGGUGGCUAACAGUAUUUUACAGUGUUAUUAUGUGAGAUGCAUGCGAUUGUAAUUAUGCCAUUGUGAGUGAACUGAAUGUAAUUUUAAGUUCUCCUCACCAAGAGACUGCAUUGUUUGCAUUUAGAAGUGUAAUGCUUGUAAAGCUGCCUUAUGAUUUCUAAAAAAGUUACUUAGCUACUGUAUUAUAAGAGAAUAUAAUUACAAGUGCAAACAGUGUUCACUUUGUGACUGUACAAUCAAAUAACUUCUCAUUUGAAGGGAAAAUGUUGUUACACAUCUAUUAUCUUUUUUUGCAAUGUGAAUAUUUUUCCUGUUGUUUCUAUGCAUCGCUAUAUAAAGUAUAUAUCAAAUAUGAAUAGCAAAUCUGUCUUACUGUUCCCAAAUGGCUUCUUUUGCACACGAUAUGAUCAUAAAUGGAACAUUUAACAUCCCAAACAAGUAAAACCACACAGCAUCAUAUUUCUUAUCUUAAUGUGGAACUAUUUAAAUGCAGUUUAAAUAGACUACUAAUGUGAAAUGUUUUAAAAGCCACAAUGCAAAUGGAUUUUCCAUGGCACCACAUGCAUAUGGAGUGUAAUCAUCACCGUGGGAUAACUGAAAUGAAGGAAAAUAAUGACAAUUCAUACUUUUAAAACAUUUGCAAAGCCUGUAGUCUAGCGUUUGUGUAGUCUUAUUUUCGGUGUUAUUCCUUUACGCACAGCAUGCGUUUUAAAAUAAAAUGGUAUUGACAUGCUAUUCUUCGUAGAACAGAGUUUAUAUUGAGAAUGUUAAGUUCAAUGCAUAGUGCAAGCAGUCUCAGCAUCUCUUGUAUACGAUUACUGAAAAAGGAAGUGCGAGAAUGGUACAAUGGAUGUGAUGUUAACUGAUAAGUCUUUAGCAGAUAAAUGUGUCACAGUAUCAAACUGUAUUAAGUUGAAUGUGGCAGUUCAUUAAUGAGCACAUAGUUCUGGUAUGGUACACAUGAACGGUUCAAAAAAUUCUUACAAAAAAAGCUGCUAAUGGAGUUUAAUCUACCUUAAUGUUGUAGUUUCUUUAAAGGUGCCAGGAUGAACAAAGGGGGGGUUUAAAGUGAUGCUAUAGAAGUCUUUCUUUUAGUGAAAGAUUCAUGGAUAUCAAAGGUUCUUCAAGGAACCAUAAAUGCAAAUAAAGAUUUGUUUUUUAAGGGUGUAAUAUAUUCAAAGAUCUUUUUUUUUGUGCUCAUAAAGUUUUAAAACCACACGGGAGAGUAAAUUUUCAGCUAAUAAGUAAUGAGGUAAUACUGGAUAUUAUUGUUUAUAAUUUAAAACAUUCUUGUAAGCUGUACAAUUUGGUUGUGUCAUUUACAUAAAUAUUUCUUA